CUGGCAUUCUGCGAAAGCUUUCGGCGCGUGUAACAUCCAGUAGGCGUUCAGCCUCCGAGCGGAUAACAUUGCGUUGUUGUAGUUCUUGGAGUCCAAGCAAGACAAACACUAGACACCAGAAGAUAAAAGACAACUCAAUAAGCUGAUGAGCAGAAAGAAUUCAAAUAAGAAUUACAAAAAAUAAAAAUAUAAUAAAUCAAAUCAAUUCAAAAGAAAGAAAUACAAAUUGAAAUUGAAAUAAACAACAAAAACAAAAACAAAGAGAAGAAGGUGAAUCGGAAAGGAGAACGGAAAGAGCAGUCCGACGGAGAACGGAGAAGGCCAUUCAACCGAUAAAAGCCAUCAGCCCACACAAUGGAAUGACCCACGCUGCCGCCGGUGGCCCAGACGUUCCAUAGCCAGAGGAGAAUGCUGCCACAGUUAGCCGCAGCAGCAGCAGCAGCAGCAACACUUCAGCAAACACAAGCAGCGGCAGCAGCAGCAACAGCAACAGGCAGGAGCAACAUUCCGUGUGGGAAUGGCCAGCGACGUCGCGUGGCAGCAGCAACAGACGGCUGCAACAACGAUUCGAAGCACAACAAAAGCAAAAGCAAAAGCAAUAAAAGCAACACCAGCACCAGCAAUAGAUUAAAUCAAAUGCAUUCCAACGAAGAGCCGCCCAUGACGGUGAUCGUCGAUGGAGGAGGAGCAGCAGGCGGAGGCGGAGGCGGACAACAGCAGCAGCAGCAGCAGCAGAAGGUGCCUCGCAGUGGCAGCCAAAGAUUGCGUAAAACGAGUUCCUCCAGUGCCAAGGCAUCGAUACCAGUACCUGCAACGGCAACAGCGACAGCGACAGCGACAGCAACAGCUGGCAGCAUGCAACGCGCACAUCGACAACCAUCGAACGCCUCCGCGACAGCCAGCUCCGAUUCGAGGAGGCGUCGCUAUACGGGCAAGUCGGAGCGACACGAUCGCCAGGACCGACAGGAGCGACACGAGCGGCACGAACGCCAGGAGCAGAUGCCACGCAGGAGAGGCGGACGCAGGCACAGUGGCGCCUCCUCGCUGAGCGAUGCGGUAGCCAGUGCCGGCGGCCGCGGACGCCAUCGUCGCGAGACGAGAUCGGGUGCCAUCAGCUCCUCAACGGCAUCCAGUUGCAACGGCAGCUGCAGCUCCGACGAUGGCGACUCCUCGCACACGUCGUCCUCAUCAUCGUCCAGCUCAUCGGGCGAGCCGAAUCUGCCGUAUCCGGGCUUCCCCGAGAUAUCCAUGAAGGCCCUCACGCAAUACACGCGGCCACGCAACUGGUGCCUGAUGCUCAUCACGAAUCCGUGGUUCGAGCGUGUCUCCAUACUGGUCAUCCUGCUCAACUGCAUCACUUUGGGGAUGUACCAGCCCUGCGUGGACGAUGCCUGUGUCACGAAUCGCUGCAAGAUACUGCAGAUCUUCGAUGACAUUAUCUUUGCAUUCUUUGCCCUGGAGAUGACCAUCAAAAUGGUGGCCAUGGGCAUGUGCGGCAAGAACACAUAUCUGGCGGACUCGUGGAAUCGUCUGGACUUCUUCAUCGUCCUCGCUGGCCUGCUCGAGUAUGUGAUGCAUGUGGAGAAUCUCAAUCUGACGGCCAUACGAACGAUUCGUGUGCUGAGACCACUGCGGGCCAUCAAUCGAAUACCCAGCAUGCGGAUCCUUGUGAUGUUGCUGCUGGACACGCUGCCCAUGUUGGGCAAUGUCCUGCUGCUGUGCUUCUUUGUCUUCUUCAUAUUCGGCAUCAUUGGCGUUCAGCUGUGGCAGGGCAUCCUCCGGCAGCGUUGCACACUGGAACAGCCCGAGGGCAUGAUCUAUCCCAUCACGGGACUACCUGAAGUGUACAGAGUUCGAGUCCGUGUUAACUCGAAAAACCAUCAGUUUCUAUUGCAAAGCCUAUCGCAGUACUACGAGUUCUCCAAGGAUCAGGAUUACAUCUGCUCCACGCCCACCGACUCGGGCAUGCAUCUCUGCGGCAACUUUCCCCCCUACCGCAGCGGUUCCCUGGUCUGCAACGAGGAGGCCAAGCUGUUCGACUUCAAUGAGCCGACAAACACCUCGUGCGUUAACUGGAACCAGUACUACACAACGUGCAAACAGAGCGGCGAGAAUCCCUUUCAGGGCACCAUAUCCUUUGACAACAUUGGCAUGGCCUGGGUGGCCAUAUUCUUGGUCAUCUCGCUGGAGGGCUGGACGGACAUAAUGUAUUACGUGCAGGAUGCGCACAGCUUUUGGGAUUGGAUCUACUUUGUGCUGCUGAUUGUGAUCGGAUCGUUCUUUAUGAUCAAUCUAUGCCUGGUCGUCAUUGCCACCCAGUUCUCGGAGACGAAGAAGCGCGAGAUGGAGCGAAUGCGGCAGGAGCGGGCCCGUUACACCUCCACAUCGACGCUGGCCAGCAGCACAAACAACUCGGAGCCGGCCACCUGCUAUGCGGAGAUAGUCAAAUAUAUUGCCCACUUGUGGCGACGCUUCAAGAGACGAAUGUUAAAGAAGUACAGAUUAUAUAAAUACCAGCGGCAGCAGCGCAAGGAGGGACUGCUGCCCAAUGCCGAUAAUUUGACCUUCUCGCCGUCACGCAUCAAGUGCCAUCACCCGAAGUGCCCCAAGUACAGUAAUCGCAAGCAUCCGUCCAGCAUUCAGGAUCAGAUGAUUACCGUCAUGGUGCCCCUCAAUUCGAAUUCGAAUUCGAAUUCCAACAACAACAACAACAACACCAACAACCACAACGGCAGCACCAAUAACACCAAUGGCAAUGCCAGCAAUAAUGUGCCCAGCUGCACCACAGUGGCGUUGGUGAACGGCAUAAAUGGCAGCACGGCCAGUGUGACCAUGUCAACAGCGCAGCAUCAACAGGCCGCCCAGCAGCAGCAGCAGCAGCAGCACUCCUCCUCCGACAACACCGAACAGUCGCUGGGCGAGGCAGCGGCUGCGACCUGCAGCCUCAUGCCGCGCAGUUCCUCGCUGAAGAAAUCCCCACAGACGCACCAUCAGCUGAAGCCCGAGGGCAGUGCCGGCGAGCAGAAGACAAUUCUGUUGAAGUUCCCACAGCAGAUCAUGGACUCGGAGCAGCUGAUUCUGCAGUUGGGAAAUUUGGGCAAGAGCCACCCGUGCACCUCGGGCUUCCUCAGUCCGCCCACAUCGGCCAGCCGGCGUCCGUCGGUGAUGUUCAACGAGUACGUGCUGCUGCACACACCUCCCGCCCUCAGCACUGAGCCUCAGCCGGCGCUGGCACCGGGUAGCGCUUCCGCCUCCCCAGCGGCAACGACUGUGGCCACGGUGGCAGGAACAGCAGCGGCGGCGGCGGCAGCAGCAGCAGCAGCGGCAGCGACAACAGCAACAGCAGCAGCAGCAGCAUCGGCGGCAGGCGGCAGCAGCAGCAGCCACAACAACCACAAUCCGAACAACAACAACCACAAUGGUGGCGCGAGUGGUGCUGGCUCGAGCGGUGGUGCGGCAGCUCCAGAGAAAAGCACCACCAUAUUCUCCACGGAGAAGAUGACCCAGGCUGGCGAUGGCAGCAUUUGGCAGGUGAACCUGCCGCAGACCAUCGACACCAUUGCCAAUCCAUACGCUGAUUGCUCCGAGCUGGGUAUACACGAUGCGAUGACUUGUCAAGAGCUGUUAGCAUUCUCUGUGGCCUUUUCAGCGGCCUUGCCGACGGGUCAGAGCACGCUAGAGUCCUUUUACACGUCGCUGGCCCGCUGCGAUCCGCACACCGCUGAGGCGCUCAAGGCCCAGCACCAAGCAACCUCCCAGGCGUUAGUGGCUGUCCCGUCCCCGGGCCAUUUCCAGUCAACGCCAGAUCAGGCGACGGCUGGAGCUGGCGAUGCCUUCGAGCUGAGCGGCGCGCCGAGCACUGUGGUCGCCGUAACAGGGGACUCGCAGGCAGCUGGCAGCCAUCAUCGGCAGCGGGGAGAACAUCAGCAUCACUCGCAUCCCCACCAGCAUCAGCAUCAGCAUCACCACAAUAAUAACAACAACAGUCAUAGCAGGAACAACAAUGGACACAGAUCACGGGGUCACACAUCGCACGGUCAGGGCGGGCAUGGGCGCGAUCAUGGCGAUCAUGGCGGUCCCACGGGCAACUACAUGGAGGACUAUGCCUGCUGCUACGACCUGUACCAGAAUGCCCUCUCGCCGCUGGAGGAGCGACACCAUCAGAGAUCUCCGGCGAUGCGCGGCCUCAUCGCCGUCUACCGCUGCCUGAUGCGCAUCUGCAGCUACGUCCGGCGGUACAUCAGGCGCCUGGUGGAGCACAAGUACUUCCAGCAGGGCAUUCUGCUUGCCAUACUGAUCAACACGCUCUCGAUGGGCAUCGAGUACCACAAUCAGCCGCCAGAGCUCACAGCCAUCGUGGAGACCAGCAACAUUGUCUUCUCCGGCAUCUUUGCCGUCGAAAUGCUGCUCAAGGUGGUGGCCGAGGGGCCAUUCCGUUACAUAGCCAAUGGAUUCAAUGUAUUCGAUGGCAUAAUUGUCAUACUCAGCGCCAUUGAGAUAUGCCAACAGUUUCUGGGCAAUGGCACGGGGGGCGGUGGCUCUGGUUUGUCGGUUCUGCGCACAUUCCGGCUACUCCGCAUCCUUAAGCUCGUGCGCUUCAUGCCGAAUCUGCGGCGUCAGCUGUUCGUCAUGCUUCGCACCAUGGACAAUGUCGCUGUCUUCUUCUCCCUGCUGGUACUGUUUAUAUUCAUCUUCAGCAUACUCGGCAUGUAUCUGUUUGGCGGUAAGUUUUGUAAAUUUUUGGACGAAUCCGGACUCGAACGCGAGUGCACGUGUCCCGAAAUAAUCAGCCGGCAUCCGCAAUGCGAGUGCGAUCGCAAACACUUCAACAACAUUUUGUGGGCAACUGUCACAGUAUUCCAAAUACUGACGCAAGAGGAUUGGAACGUCGUCCUAUUCAAUGGAAUGGAAAAGACAAGUCAUUGGGCCGCAUUGUACUUUGUGGCCCUAAUGACGUUCGGCAAUUAUGUGCUAUUUAAUUUAUUGGUGGCCAUUUUGGUUGAGGGAUUCAGUUCAGAGCGAAAUGAACGUCGCGAGCGCGAACAGCGCGAGUUGGUUAAGAAACUGCGCGAAGAGACAUUGGCCGAGAAUUAUAGCGAUGGUAUGUACGAUGAAUCGCGCAGCGAGGCGGAUUCAUCGACCACUAACGAUAGUUACUACGAGGUACGCAAUCGCUGGCGCUCAGCGGAGGACGUGCGCAAGCUGCAGGACUCGGCCGAGCUGAUCAUCGAGGCCAAGAGCAACAUGCACCGACAGCGGCUGCUCCAGCCCAGUCACGACUACCAGAUCAACGAGCUGCCAACGCCGGGCGGCGGCGCUCCCUCAUCUGCCACUCCUGCCUCCGGCCAGGACAAGGAGGCUGGCGGCAGCAACAUCCACAAGCUGAUGUCGCACGAGGAGAUGAGCGGCAGCAGCAGCAAGCCCCGCGGCGGCCUCAAAAAGACAUACUCCGUCAAGGACAGACGCAGCGAGGCGUCGCGUCUCUCCAAGAUGCGGUUGGUGCGGGAGCCGCCUAUCAUCACCACUACGGCGGCCACGCCGCAGGAUUCGCCCAGCACCACCCUAGAGCCGGGCAUGGGCUUCCGCCAGUGGGGCGACAUGGAGCCGCCACCACCGCCUUCGCCAUCGCUGCUGCGACCCCCGAACAUCUUCACUGGGGGCCAGCGGACCCUGGAUGAGGGCAUACCCGCCAUCGAUCUCAUUCCGCCCUCCCCGGUGCUCGCCCACAAGCCACUCAAUAUCCUCAACGCCAGCCAGCUGGGCGUGGGCGUCGGUGUGGGUGUGGGUGUGGGCGGAACCGGUGGCAUGGCCAUGGGCAUGGGAAUGCCAGGGGGAGCCGGCAGCACUGGGAGCAGCAUGCACAGCGUCAUCAUCGAUGACAUAUCGAAGAGCUCCGGCUCAACUGCAGCCGCCACGCCCAUCUAUGUGCCCACCAUCUCCUCCUCGUCGACGUUAGCUGGCGGUGCGGGUCUCCAGCCCCCGGCUGGAGCCUCCUCCACUGCGCACACUGCGGAUGCCCACAGCUACAGUCACAGUCUGAAUGACCUGUCGGGCUCCGCAGCAGCAGCUGGAGCUGCAACCAGUGCUGGGGCCUCGACCAGUGGCAGUUCUUCCAGCGAGCGCCUACCCCUGGCCCCUCCUUCUCCGUCUCCGUACAGCGGCAUAACGGGGGGCAGCUUCAAGCAGCGCUUCCGGCGCAGCAGCUCCAAGAAGAGGAGACCCCAGCCGUCGACGGCAGCAGGCGAGGACAGUCAUGAGGAGGAGGAGCAGCAGCAGCAGCUGAACAACGGCAGCGACAACAGCUACAUGCUGAGGAGCAGCGCAGGAGGAGGAGGACUGGGAGGUGCUGCCAAGGACACCAACCGGCUGAGUCCACAAAACUCAAUCCGCAGACUCUCAAACACGCUGAGCAUCGGCAGUGGCGGUAGUCCGGGAGCGGCGCUGGGCAGUCGCCGGGCCUCGGCCUGCAUCUUCAACUCGCAGGUGUACCAGAACCUCAACCAGCCACUGAAGCUGCGUCCGGGCACGGGCCAGCGGCGGAUGAGCUCCAUCGAGCUGGCGUUCAGCAAGACCUCGCACCUGAAUCUGCACAACCUGGAGGCGAAUCGCAAGUCGCUGUCCUACACCAACUCCAAGAUGGACCUCGACAAGUGGCAGAGAUCGUAUGGGAAUCUCAAUGAGCCGGACAACAUGCUGCAGCAGUACAUUGAGGCGCGGGACAAGCGCAAGACUUCGAUCAGUCACUACAACCUGAAGAAGAGGCUCGAGGAGAAGGAGCUCCAGCAGCUGCAGCAGCUCCACCAGCAGCAGCUGCUGCUCCAGCAACAGCAACAGCAACAGGACUCCUCGUCCUCCUCACAGCAACAGCACUCCCACUCUCAGUCCCAGUCCCAGUCGCAUCGGCUCUCCAAGGAGUUUCAGCAUCUGGCACUGCAGCCACAUUCCAUGGUGACAAGUGGCGAUCGCAUGUCCAAGCUGAAGAUGAUCAUUGAACGACUCACACCCAGACAGUUCGCCAUGGAGCGUGAGUCCUACUCGAUGUACGUCUUUCCCGAGGAUAACAAGUUUCGGCAGGUCUGUACGUGGUUUGUCAAUCAAAAGUGGUUCGACAAUGUUGUGCUGCUGUUCAUCGCACUCAACUGCAUCACCCUGGCGAUGGAAAGACCAAACAUCCCUCCAACCAGCACCGAAAGAUUGUUCCUGUCAACAGCCAAUUACGUGUUCACAGCCGUCUUCACCGUUGAGAUGUUCAUUAAGGUAGUCGCCACGGGCAUGUUCUACGGCACGGAUGCGUACUUCACAUCCGGUUGGAAUAUCAUGGAUGGAUCUUUGGUUACCAUUUCCAUAAUUGAUUUGUUAAUGUCAUUGAUUAGCGAAUCGAGCCCGAGGAUAUUUGGGAUUUUAAGGGUGUUUCGGCUACUUCGUUCCCUGCGGCCUCUGCGGGUGAUCAACCGUGCCCCGGGUCUGAAACUAGUCGUGCAAACGCUCUUAUCGUCCCUACGUCCCAUCGGCAACAUCGUGCUGAUCUGCUGCACCUUCUUCAUCAUCUUCGGGAUACUGGGCGUGCAGCUGUUCAAGGGCACCUUCUUCUACUGCGAGGGCGAGAACAUUAAGAAUGUGCGCAACGCGGACGAGUGCCGGCGCAUACCGGGCAACGUGUGGACGAACCGCAAGUACAACUUCGACGACCUGGGCAAGGCCCUGAUGUCCCUGUUCGUGCUGAGCUCCCGCGAUGGGUGGGUGAACAUCAUGUAUACGGGCCUCGAUGCUGUCGGCGUCGACCAGCAGCCGAUCGUGAACUACAACGAGUGGAGGCUGCUCUACUUUAUUGCGUUCAUUCUGCUGGUGGGCUUCUUCGUGCUCAACAUGUUCGUGGGCGUGGUGGUGGAGAACUUCCAUCGGUGUCGCGAGGAGCAGGAGAAGGAGGAGAAGAUACGGCGGGCGGCCAAGCGGGCGCUGCAAAUGGAGAAGAAGCGCCGCCGGAUGCACGAGCCGCCCUACUACACCAACUACUCGCCCACCCGCAUGUUCGUCCACAACGUGGUGACGUCCAAGUACUUCGACCUGGCCAUUGCCGCCGUCAUCGGACUGAAUGUGGUCACCAUGGCGAUGGAGUACUACCGCAUGAAAAUGGCCCUGCAGUAUGCCCUGAAGAUCUUCAACUACUUCUUCACCGCCGUCUUCAUACUGGAGGCGAACAUGAAGCUGGUGGCCCUCGGCUGGAAGCUGUACCUCAAAGAUCGCUGGAACCAGCUGGACGUGGGCAUCGUUCUGCUCUCGAUCGUGGGCAUUGUCCUCGAGGAGCUGGAGACGAAGAUCAUACCCAUCAAUCCGACGAUCAUCCGGGUGAUGCGCGUCCUGCGCAUCGCUCGCGUUCUCAAGCUGCUGAAAAUGGCAAAGGGCAUACGGGCCCUGCUGGACACCGUGAUGCAGGCCCUGCCACAGGUGGGCAACCUGGGACUGCUCUUCUUCCUGCUGUUCUUCAUCUUCGCGGCGCUGGGCGUGGAGCUGUUCGGGCGCCUCGAGUGCUCCGACGAGAUACCCUGCCAGGGCCUGGGCGAGCACGCGCACUUCGCCAACUUUGGCAUGGCUUUCCUCACAUUGUUUCGCGUAGCGACUGGCGACAAUUGGAACGGCAUCAUGAAGGACACGCUGAGGGAUAAUUGCGAUGACGCGGCCGAUUGUGUACGCAAUUGCUGCGUCAGCUCGGUUAUUGCUCCCAUAUUCUUUGUGAUAUUCGUGCUAAUGGCGCAAUUCGUUUUGGUGAAUGUCGUCGUGGCUGUACUGAUGAAACACCUCGAGGAGAGCCACAAGCAAAUGGAAGACGAGCUCGACAUGGAGGUGGAGCUCGAGCGCGAGCUGGUGCGCGAGCAGGAGUUCGCCCAGGAGCAGAAGCUGUGCCAGCAGCUGGCGGAGGCGCAGGCCAAGGCGGCCGCUCCCCCACGCCCCCUCGCCAAGGUCAAGUCGCUGCCCAAGAACUUCAUCUACAGCACUCCCUCGCUGGACAAGAAGUUCCCCAGCCCCCAGUCCCUCACCAGCAGCGCUGCCAACAAUCUCAACCAGCUGCAGCAGCUCCAACAGCAGAAUCCAUCCACAUCGACAUCCACAUCCCCGGGACUGGGCGGUCUGGCGCAGAGGGAGAGGGGCGUGGCAGCUGGAGCGGGAGCGGGAGCGGGAGGACGCCGCCAGACCGUACAGUACUUCAAUCAGCCACAGAGCGGCCCGGGACUGGGACCGGGCCUCGGCCACGGCCUGGGCCUGAGCCUGGCCGAGAUGGGCGGCACGCUGACGCCUCAGGCGCUGGGCGCGCGGCUGGGCGAACCCUUUGGCGGCGCCUCGACAGCGACGGCAGCGGGAGGCACUUGUGCCGGCGCCGGCUUCGGCCAGGAGCCGGGCAACCUCCAGCUGCCGCCUCUGGGGCGCCGCGGGCGACGCGCCUCAGCCGCCGCCGGCUUCCGCAAGCGCGGCGUGCUGUCCAAGGAGCGCUCGCUGGACGAGCAGGCCAUUCGACGACGCAAUCUGGAGGCCAAGCGCACCAGCUGCGACUCGCUGCCCUGGGGCGGGGAUGCCCUCGACUACAGGCGAGGCACCAUCUUCGAGAGCCUCGAGUCGGAUGGCGGGGGCGGCGGACUGGGAUCCGGUUCGGGCUCAAUCUCGGGAUCAGGAGGAUCACCCCUGGCCUUUGACAUACGCAGCGUGCGCAGUGCGGAGGUGCCGCACCUGGAGCCAGACACCGAUGCUCUGGCCGUGGUCAGUGCCCUGGUGCCCGCUGCAACGCCCAUGCCCCUGUCCAUGCCGCUAGCCCUGCACACGCCCACGCCCACACCCACAUCCGCAACCGCGCUGAGGAUAUCGUCGUCAGGUCAUCAUCCGCCACCUCGUCGCCCCUUCGGCUGGUCACAGUCCGUGGAUCAGGGCUGCCUUCUGGGUGCGCCCGGGCGCAGCAGUCUCCUCCUGUCCGUGCCUCGCUCGAUGCCGCCACGAAGCCGCAGCGGCAGCACCAAGCAGCUCUUCAAGCAGCAGGCCCUCGACGAGGAUGCCGACAUGGACGAGAGCUCGCUGCUGCUGCCAGCGCUGUCCGCAGGCGGCUUAGGAGCAGGCGGAGGAGGCGGAGGAGGCGGAGGAGGCGGCGUCAGCGGAGCAUCUGCUGGAGUCCCCACCGUCGCCGCUGCCCUGGAGAGCGUGGCUGCUGCCAGUGCUGUGGACUCGCCCGUGCUAGCAGUCAAAUCCGAUUCAGCGGACAUCAUGCGGAUUAUCAGCGAGCGGCGGCGGAUGGACCAGCGCGACCAGCGAGAUCCUAGGGAUGAUGCCGAGGACAGGGACAGCGACUACAACGAGCUGUUGCUGGUGAAAUCCCCACAGUCCUCGAUGGAUUAGGCAUGCAACACCCUGCAUGCCACACACUCUUACACACUCUCUAGCUCUCUCUCUUUCUCCAAGUAUACAUAGAUCCCUGUCCCUGUCCCUGUCCCUGUCCCUGUCUUUGUAUACCAGUCUCUGUAAAACCCAGUAAAAAACAUAAAGAAAAUGAAAAAUAAAAAAAGUCUUUAGGGAAUUUUCUAAGUGCUCAGUUUUAGAACUUGAAAGCUGCAACUAAAAUGGAUAGGCGAUAGGCAAUAGGCAAUAGCGAUAACAAUAACAAUAAAUAAAAAAGAAAAUGAUUAUUCGAUAGCAAUAACUACUAACGAUAAACGAUAAACGAUAACUAUUCUUAGAGCGUUCGUCAUCCAACGCAAGACAACAACAACAACAACAAAAAAACGAGAAAACAGAAGAAAGAAUAAAAAAACAAAAUUGUCAACUGUUUUUAGUGCAAUCCUACGGUUUUCAUAACUUUAAACAAACAAACAAACAAACAAAAACGCAUCCAGAUGGUAUCAGAACCCAUGAAAAGGGAGAUCUUGAAUAAAAACCCACAGAGCAGAAGAUAAACCGAAACAAGAAAAUUCAAAGUAUAGUGAACUUAAAAGAAAAGUAAAGAAAAAGAAAAAGAAUAAGAAAAAGAAUAAACUAUGUUCAAUGUUGAUUAGAGCGUUUUCCGUUUCAAGCUGUAGUCGAGAGGUCUAAAAUCCAAGAGCUGACGAAUUAUAUACAAGCGUUAUAUGCGAUUUACAUAUACAUAUAUAUACCAUAUACUAUAUACAGUUAUAUAUACAUAUAUACAUACUUAUAUAUAUAUACAUACUACUUAUAGGGGGUACUGCAUACAUGAUGGAAAUUUGUGAACAAAAGAUCAUCAACUCUGUGAUUAGCUCUUAAAGUUUAAACGUUUAUAGGAUGAAGGCGUCGCGAUGAAUACACUCGCACUCACACUCACACUCACACUCCCAACUGAACACUAAACAACACGCACGAUGUCUGUAUAUAGUAAGAAUGUAUGUGUGUGUAUUUUACUUAGUCUAGAAAGGAAAACUCACUAAGCAGAA